AUGAGGGAACAGAGGAGGGACGACAGCAUUGUCAUUCUACCUGCUGACAAGGGACGAUCAACCGUCGUGAUGAAUAGAGAAGACUAUAAUGAAAAGGCUAAAGCCCUUCUUGAUGACAGAGAAUUUUACAGACCAGCACAGAAGUCACAAGCCAAAGCAGUGGCAGAUCGGCUGAGUAAAAUCCUUAGAGAAUACCAACAUAAAAAUGUUAUCACGGAGAAUGAAUGGCACCAAAUUGGGGCAACUGACACCGCUCUAGCCCGAUUCUAUGGUCUGCCAAAAAUCCAUAAAGCAAAUGUCUCACUUCGGCCAAUCGUUGCCCUAAAAGGCAGCCCCACCUACAAUUUGGCAAAGUGGAUUUACUCAAAACUGAAGUUCCUCCAAGGCAAUUCGACUACCUCAGUUCGAUCAGCCUCUCAAUUCCUCGUAGACCUCCGAGGUCGGAGAAUUCAAUCGGACGAACUCAUGUUCUCCUUCGAUGCGACGUCGCUAUUCACAUCCAUUCCACCAAACGUGGCCCGCGAAGUCUUGCGCAAGGGACUUGAAGAGGCGUCCGAUGAGACUCAGAAUGCCCUCAAAUUUGAACACCUCAUGAGGCUGUUUGAAUUCUGCCAACAAACUUUCAUCACUUUUGCCGAAGAGACCUAUGAACAAAUCAAGGGAACUCCAAUAGGCUCACCGGUCUCCGGUUUGGUGGCAGAAUUGGUCCUACAGGAGUUAGAAAAGAUUGCCUUCCUCCAACAUGAACCGGUGUUUUGGCGCCGUUACGUUGACGACACGUUCGUCAUCGUAAAGAAGGACAUGCUGUAA